GCCAGAUUUCUAACACGGAAAACAACAGCACCUCCGUCUGUGGCAGCCGGAGCUCCUGCACUAGCAAGCAAACUAAAUCAACUUCUCCGUCCAGCCUUCCUAGAAGGGCUUUUAUCAGUCUCGCCUCUUCUCUAAUCACUACCGGAACAUGUUUGUCACUGACAUAAAGAAGGAUUUUUAUGACGUUGUCGUCAACCAGAGAGUCGCCCUCCUGGUUGCAGCGGACAUCGACGCGCUCUGCGCCUGUAAGAUCCUGCAGGCGCUGUUUCACUGCGACCAGAUCCAGUACACGCUGGUGCCGGUUAGAGGCUGGCAGGACCUCAGCACGGCCUUCCUGGAGCACAAAGAGCAGUUUCGAUACUUUGUUCUCAUAAACUGUGGGGCCAACGUCGACCUCCUCGAGAUGCUGCAGCCGGACGACGACUCCGUCUUCUUCAUCUGCGACACCCACCGGCCCGUGGACGUGGUGAACGUCUACAAUGACACUCAGAUCAAGCUGCUCAUCAAACAGGACGACGACCUCGGCGUGCCGGCGUACGACGACAUCUUCCGGGACGAAGAAGAGGAAGACGAGGACGGAGGCGACUCCGGCAACGAGAGCGACGAAGGCUCGGAGCCGUCGGGCAAACGGCGGAGAUUCGACGAGGGCGCCAUUGAGAGGAGGAUUGAACGGCAGAGAGCCAAGAGGGAGUGGGAGGCACGAAGGAGGGAAAUCCUGUUCGACUACGAGCAGUACGAAUACCACGGCACCUCUGCUGCCUUGAUGUUUUUUGAGCUCGCCUGGGUUCUCACCAAAGACACGAAGGACAUGCUGUGGUGGGCCAUCAUCGGCCUGACGGACCAGUGGGUUCACGAUAAGAUCACGCACAUGAAAUACGUGUCGGAUAUCGCGACGAUGCAGCGACACGUCUCCCGGCAUAACCACCGAAACGAGGACGAGGAGAACUCUCUGUCCAUCGACUGCAUGCGGAUCUCCUUUGAAUACGACCUUCGUCUGACGUUGUACCACCACUGGUCUCUGUAUGAGAGUAUAUGCAACUCCUACUACACAGCGUGCAGCUUCAAGAUCUGGACCUUGAAAGGCCAGAAGAAGCUCCAGGAGUUCUUGGCCGAUAUGGGGUUACCACUGAGACAAGUGAAACAAAAAUUUAAGUCUAUGGACGUUACAAUCAAAGAGAACCUCAGGGACGUCAUUGAAGAGUCCUCCAAUAAAUACGGAAUGAAGGACAUCCGCAUUCAGACAUUCGGUGUCCACUUUGGCUUUAAGAACCGUUUCCUGGCCAGCGACAUGGUGCACGCCACUGCUGCCUUGCUGGAGAGCACAGAGAGAGAAGAGAACGACACCACCAACAACUUCAUCAGUGCGCUUGAUUCGCUUUCACGGAGUAACCUUGAUCGUCUCAACGCAGGCAUUGAGCUGGCUAAGAGGAAGCUGAUCGCCAUCCAGCAGACUGUAGCCAGCUGCAUCUGCACUAACCUCAUCCUGUCGCAGGGCCCCUUCCUCUACUGUUACCUGGUGGAGGGAACGCCUGAUGUGAGGCUCUUCUCCAAGCCGCUGGCGUUAACUCUGCUCUGCAAGUACCUGCUCAAGGCAUUCGUCCACUCUACGAGGAACAAACGCUGCAAACUGCUUCCUCUCAUCAUGGCCGCUCCUAAAGACGUGGAGAAGGGAACCGUCAUUGUUGUGGGGAUCCCUCCGGAGUCGGAGACGUCUGACAAGAAGAACUUCUUUGGUCGGGCCUUUGAAAAAGCUGCAGAAAGCACUGGCUCCAGAACCCUCCAUGAUCACUUUGAUACUUCAAUAAUCGAACUGAAGACGGAGGAUCGGAGCAAGUUUCUGGAUGCCCUCAUCACUCUCCUGUCAUGAAAACCCCGGCAGCCAGAGAAGCAAGAGUUUUUAAGACCAGGCCUGCAUUUCAUGACGGUUUACGUCUGAUAAAUAAUCCGGUCAGACUCGUAAAGUGUCACCUGUACAAAAACUUUAAGCAUCUUUUUUAUGUUUUAGUUGGUUUUAUGUGUAUAUUGUACAGAUUUCUUAAGUGUUUUUAAUUUCUUUUUUGUUUUUAGUUUGUUUUAAACGACUUGUCUUUCACUUCAAUAUAUGUAUGUGUGUUGUUCGGAUGAAAUUACGUUGCAGAUAUGUUUAAUAAAUCAUUUUAAAGUC